AUGCCUGAACAACACGCUCAUGUCCUUUACACAAAGCUACUUCUCUCUCGAGGUCACGGUUACCCCCUAUGGAUUCCAGAGCCAGAUUAUAGCCUCUGCUCAGCCUAUGUCGAUAGAGGUAUCUGCGUCGGUGAUGUUGGGAUUAUCAGAGAUGACGGAGGAUUUGACUUCAUUUUCAACGCCUUCCUCGAAGCGGACAAUCCUGUUCAUGAAGGCGGCGUCCCUCCCAAUUUCGCUCCCCUACGCAUGGAGUCUCGCAAUCCUGUCCGCACUAUAUAUUGUCAACAUCCAAGAGGCUCAUCUGUGAGAAGUUCUCAUGUCUCUGUCACCUCAGCGGUUCUGGAGGCGUCAGCCGAAGUAGCUUCAGUUGCAGGUGGUACACGAUUUGAUGGUAAAAAUUUAUCGUUGAUGAGGAACUAUGCCCUUGCACAUGCACACGAGUGGUAUGAAUACGUCAAUAGCCCAGACUAUCUCGGUCGGGAGGCGCCAAACGGUUCUCUUUACUUUGUCACCGGAUGCGACAAGGCAACAGCGUGGGGAUCUGCUGCGAUGUCCCGGCCUUCAGAUACUCGCCAAUUUUCAAUAAAUUUCCUUGUGGGAGGUCUUGCAGAAGGUCGGAUAGCAUUGCGGUCGUCUUGGAGUACCCAGGAAUGGGCCGACACUCGGAUUUACCCCGAUCAAGAUAUCGACAUGGAUGCGUCUCUCUCGGUCAGAGAGAAUCAAGGUGUAUUCAUUCGCGGAUUCACCAUUUCUGUGAGAGAGAAGAGUCGGAUCACAAGGAUCUUCCCUGGGUUUGGGCGGCGAGGUGUGCAGCUUGUGGGGGUGUUGGACAAGUCUGGAAAUCUGCCGGUCAUGGGGUCCAAGGCGCCUUACUCUGAUCAAAGACAUGAUUAUCCAUCAAUAUCGGCACCUGUCUGGUCGGCCAAAGGCAAUACGAUUUGCGGUUCUAUUGUUGGAAACGAAUUGAUGCACUUGCUGAUUAGUAUCAUUAACAAUCACAUGAAGAGUUUCGGUGAAUCACACUGGCCAGAAUCUAACUCUGACUAUCCUUCGAUGCAUUCCAUUUCCUAUUGA